UAAUUUGAAACCCCACCCUCUGGUUGGAGCCCGGCUGGCAGUCUGAUCUGACAGGAUCUGGACAUUCCUCAUGGACUUGAGCCUGCAGACCUGAGGAGCAGAGCUGGGCUGGCUUUGGGUGUGUCAUUUCUGGGAUCAACUUCCAUGUUUUUACAAGAUGUGAACUUGGGGCUUAUUGGGAACAUUAGACUCCAUUCAGUCAGACUCUGCUUGGUUUUAGGACUUAUGAAGCCUUGCAAAAAGUUUUCUUUGUAGAUAAUCAUAGUUGUUUGUUGUUUUUUUUUGGCAAACGGUUAUGGUGAUAAAUCUCUAGGUAGAUACUGUCUCUGUCCUGUAAUAAAGAACCACUGGAAUGUGAGGAAGUCUGUACUGGCUGUACUGGUCACUCCUGGUUUCAUCAGCUCAGGUAGUUGAACAUGCCUUCUCUGAAGUACCAGCCUGGGGAAAAGGUGAUGGGCCGCUGGCCCGGCAGCAGCCUGUACUACGAGGUCAAGGUGCUCGGCUUCGACUCCAAAAGUCGCCUCUACACUGUCAUCUACAAGGACGGCACUGAGCUGGAGCUGAAGGAGCAGGACAUCAUAAGCUACCUCAGCUUCCAGGCGCGCACUCGCUCUCGCUCCAAUUCCCGUUCUCCUGGACGUCGCCGCAGCCGCUCCCGCUCCCCUGCCAGGACCACCCGCCGCUCGUCCUCCCGUACAGCCGCCGCAGCAUCAGCAGCUAUCACAGAAAGUGCUCCGUCUUCUCACGGUGAUGCAAAGCUCAAGCGCGCACCGGAAGUCAAGCUCAGCCCUCUGCCGCAGGAGAAAAAGCCAACAGAGAACAGCAGCAACAAUAAACACGAGAAGAAAGAGGAGAAUAACACUGCUAGCAAAGAGAUUCAGCCUGACGCUAAGGCAGAAGCAGAUCCAGAGAAGAACCUGGGCCGCUACAACCUGCGCCGCAGGAAGGACGAUGGAGAAGCCAAAGCAGCUGAGGCCAAAACAGAGCAGCAGGUCAAGGAGGCCAAGCCGUCUGCGGCGCUCGCAGUCACAGGCCCCACCCCCGCCUCCCCCCGACUGGACUUUGGAGGGAAGAUAGGAGCCUUCUUCUGGACGCUCUUCCUGCCGGCCUGGGUUCUUUUUCUUCUCCUCCAGGUCAACCGGAAGGAUCCCAGUCUGGCUAACUUCCCUCCUCCUCUGCCUCCUCUCCAAUCCUUCUGGGAUCCUCAAGCUCUCGGCUUUGUUGUCCUCUGGAUUUUAUUCCAGGCUCUGCUCUACGUUUUGCCUGUUGGAAAGCUGAGUGAAGGCGUGCUGCUGAGAUCAGGCAGAAGGCUCAAGUACAGAACCAACGGUUUUUUUGCCGUGCUGGUCAGCGCUGCAGUGGUGGCAGCAGCAGUGUACCAGGGAGCAGACCUCACCUACAUCCACAGCCACUUCCUGCAGCUGACCACCGCCUCCUUCCUGAUCGCCAUGCUGCUCAGCAUCUAUCUGUAUGUGCGCUCUCGCUCCACCAGCCCUGAUGAGCGGGCUCUGGGAGGAAACUCUGGUAACAUGAUCUAUGACUUCUUCAAAGGCCGUGAGCUGAAUCCUCGCAUCAAGGAGUUUGAUCUGAAGUUCUUCUGUGAGAUGCGCCCUGGACUUAUCGGCUGGUGUUUAAUCAACUUUGCCAUGGCGCUGGCUGAGAUGAAGCAGCAGAAGCUGGACGCUCCUUCAAGUUCCAUGAUCCUCGUCAACGUCUUCCAGCUGCUCUACGUCGUGGACGGCCUGUGGAAUGAGGAGGCCAUCCUGACCACCAUGGACCUAAUGCAUGAUGGUUUUGGCUACAUGUUGGCGUUUGGUGAUCUGGUGUGGGUUCCUUUCACCUACACGCUGCAGGCUCAUUACCUGGUUAGUCACCCCAACCCCCUGAGCCUCCCAGUGCUCUCAGCCAUCGUCAUCCUCAAACUUGUUGGAUUCUACAUAUUCAGGAAAUCCAACUCUGAGAAAAAUGCCUUCAGGAGAAACCCAUCCGACCCCAGCCUGUCCCAUCUGAAAACGAUCCCCACGGCUACAGGGAAGAGUCUGCUGGUCUCGGGCUGGUGGGGAGUGGUCCGCCAUCCUAACUACCUGGGAGACCUCAUCAUGGCCCUGGCCUGGUCCCUACCAUGUGGCUUCAGCCACAUCCUGCCCUGGUUCUACAUGAUCUACUUCAUCAUCCUCCUGGUGCACAGAGACUCUCGUGACAUGAACGAGUGCAGACGGAAGUACGGCUCAGCGUGGGACGAGUACUGCAGAACUGUGCGCUACCGGAUCAUUCCCCGCGUCUACUGAGGAACCCAGCCCGGGCCUUUUUCCCUUCCCACCCAGUCGACUGACCCGUUUGACUUGUACCACAUUUUUUUUAAACUUCAUCUUUUUAAACCUUAAAAUCUGCAUUGAAGAAGCUUUGAUGAUUUUUUUUGUAAUGAAUAGGAAAAAAAGGACAAUUAUAUUUUGGACAUUUUGAAGAACUGCCUUUUUAAUAGAAACGUAUUAGAAAAAUUAAAAAAAAGGAAAAAGUUUACAGAGGGAGGGGGGAUACAAAAGAAGACGCCUCUUGUUGGAGUUUAUGUUAGGACGUACUGUAUAUUUUUGUACAUACACAUUUGGGUUUUUUUAUACUUCAGAGAGCAACAAACCACAGGUAAAACCUUUGACCUUUCUCUGACAUACGUCCCUUUAGCGGCCAUUUUUAAACUGCUCCUUCCCCAGCAUGGCUGUGAUAAUAACUCCAGCCUGUGUAUAUAGUGAAGGAUGAUCGGUUCAGUGGAACUGUGACUCAUGUUAAGACUCAGGACUCCAAGCUCAAUAAGUUCAUUUUUAUUUUAUUUUUUAUCUAUAGAAAUCUAGUUUUUAACAAAUGAUAUUGAGGUUUUAUUAAAAAUGCACUAAUGGGUUUUUAUUUUCUUGCAUCGUCGUUUCCAAAGUGUGUUUGAUUGGCUUUGCUACCUCAGGGUCUCCCUCCCACUGUCCAGUUCUCCUCCCUCUGGGCCCUCCAGGUGGCGCCGUGUUUCUUAAAACCAGUGGAGCUUCUCCAUUUUAUCGUUUUAGAGUCGGAUGGUGCUAUCGAUCAUGAAUUGGUUAUAAUGACCCUACAACAUGGCUUCCACUAUCAUGGGUCGUACUUAUUGUCAGCUUUAUCUUUCCGGUCGGUGAUUAUCGAAUGAAGUUCAUACAGUGAAGACAUGUUAGCAUUUGAAGCUUGUCCAUUUCCAAACCUCAGAAAAUUUUCAGCUGUAGAUCAUCCUACAGGUAGCAGUACAUCAGCUAGACUAAGUAGUUUUGUUUUUAAAUGCUGUGCUGACUGAAUAUCUUGUAAAUAAAUUUUAAUCGUGAUUUAUUUUUCUAAGUAUAGAAGUGAUGAUAGUAAAAUUUGCAAUGUUUCUGAGUAGCUAUUUAAUGUUGCUUUUAUUUGGGGAUGUUUGUUAUUAAGUUAAUAUUAACCACUGUAUUUAUGUUCACGCCCAGGUCUGCCAGGGUUCUGGAGAACGUCUCAGCUUAGAAUUGACCUGACCCUGUUUGCUAAAAAUACUUUGUGAUUAAUCAUGUUCUAGUGGGACGCAGAAAGUUUUGAUGUACUUGGGUGAAGAGCAUGACUGAAUAACAUCUACAGAUCCAGUGGGGGGGGGGUAUCCAGUUUAGCAGCUCCAUGAAGCUUGUCUGUAAAAAUGUUGCAGCAUCAAAUAAAGAUUUUCAGUAUUUUCUUGUCA